GUUGAUCACCAAAUUGUGAGAAUAUUAAAAACAAUGAUCGUUUUAAAUAAGACAAGACUGAUUCUUUUGCAGGUUUUAUAUUUCUAAAGGCGUGAAUAUGUCGUUCAGUGAUCGUUGUUGUUACCCUGGUUGUCAUGAGAGUGGAAAUUCACAUAAAAUCCUACAUGGCUUUCCAAGCCCCACUUGUGAUCUACAGAGAUUUAGAUCUUGGGUCUAUGCAAUUGGUGGUGAUAUUCUUUACUUGGAUAAUUUCUACAUUCACAAAUAUUGCAGAGUCUGUCAUUAUCACUUUGAAGAGAAAUAUUUUUGCCCUUAUAAUGGAAUUAAUAAUAUGGCUAUACCAACACUCGAGAUCUCUGGUGGAAAUCCCACAAGAAAAGAAGCAAAAUUUAUUACAUCAUUCAGAAAAUGAUGAAAAUGUGGAUCACAACUAUUGUCAAUUGCAAGAUGAUAAUUAUUGCCCUGAAACGGUUGCUGUUGAAUAUGAAAUAAUCAGUGAUAAUAUGCAGAUUUCGGAAUUAUCAAAUGAGGCUAUUGAAGAAGUAAGUGAAUCUGGUAUUUCAUUUAUUUCGAAUCAUUUCAAUAACCGGCUCACGAAACGCCAACCACAAUGUUUAAGUUCACAAAUCGUAACUGGUUCAGAAGUGGACUCGGGUAUUAAAAAUAUUUCACAUAUGUCUAAAAAUGCGAGGAUCAUAAAUAUUCAAUCUCGAACCGAGUGUAACAGGAUUAAUAAUGACUCGAAGGAUGAACAAAUUAAGUCACUGAGAAAACAAUGCCGCCUUUUAAAAGCAAAGCUUAAGAAACAACAGCAAAGAAUAUCGUGUUAUAAGGAAGAAAUUAAAAAAUCUAAAUAUUUAACAAAAGAAAAGUUUGAUGCCCUAACAGAGAGGGUACCAGAACUGGGCAAACGACUCAUGUGGAUGCAAUUACACCAGCCAAAGAAAAAGAACGGUCAUCGCUUUGAUACAAAAGAGAAGUUAAUGUGUCUCGCGAUUAAGAAGUAUAAACCCGAAUGUUUUAAGUUUUUGAAAAAGACAUUUCUUAUGCCCGGGAAUAAGACGUUGAAGAACUUUAUAGCAAAAUUGCAAUUGCCUGAUUCAAAGCCGGAGGAAGAUGAACCUAAUAUCGAUGACAUUGAAAACGAAGAAGUCGUUUCCGACACUUUGCUCGAUGGAGUGGAUUCGGAAACUCAAAUUUCAUAUGAGACGCACAAAAAUGUGCUCGGAGAAUUCAUACAAUUCAAUAAUAGCACCAAUUUGGCUGAUUUUACUGACUUUCAGCAUGGUUUAUGUUAGCGCACCACCGGGCUCGCCGUUCGUAAUCUCCAGGGUUAAAUUCUAGUGAAAAAUAUAUUUUAUUUCCUUAUUGUAAUAUGACGGGACUCCUAAGAGAUAUUUUCGUAUAAAAAAGUAUACAAUAAAAAUAUUGUUAUAUUCUUGGGUAGCUGGCCUUUCUCAGGAAUCGAACACUUUAAUGUGACAGCGAAGUGAAAUUGGGCGUCUGUCGGCGUUCCUAUAAUUGUGACUUGUAUUGUGAUAUAAGAACUUAAUAAAGAAUAGAAAAGUAAA